AUGCACAUAAACUCAGAAUUGCUAACAGAGAGACCUUUAAUUCCCUAAAUCAAGAAAUCAGAUUCUCUUAGAAGUUAAAGCUAAUUUAAGUCUUGUCCAGCAUAUUUCAAAACACUACAACUCCAAAAAAUAUAAAGCAUCAAGUAAAAUUAGGAAAUUGUACAAUCGUCCAAGGUAAAUCCAUUAAAUGUAUUUGUAAAAAUCGUCAGAUUCAUAACUAUCAUCACUCAAUCAAUCUUCCCAUAGGACUUUAAAUAUCUAGAUGCCAAUAUGUUUCGCAUUAUUAAUGACAAGGCUUCCGACUUUAAGUUUUAUGUGAAGAAUGAUUACUUUAAAUACAUAGUAAUUCCUAUUUAAUCUUAGAAAGCAGCCCCAGAUUCCAGACUUUAACAUUUGAUAUAAAAAACAAUAUUCAAGCAAUAUAGUUUACAAAACUUAAUCGAUUAUUUGUCUAAUAGUAGAUUUUUAUUCAAACCAGAAUAAAAGUAAAUUUUAAUCUGGAAUAUUUACUUACUGUUUAUGACCAAUUUCAAUUUUUUAUAUUGCACUAUAAAGUUUGCAUUCGAUUUUGAAAAUUAAAGACCUGACAAUUAUAAGGAAAGUGAGGUUUUCUUUUUGAUUAUUCCUUUUUUUAGUUAUUUGAUCGACAUAUUAGUUAAAUUAAAUAGUGGUUAUUAUGAGGCUGGUUAUUUGGUUACUGAUAGGAAUAAAAUAUUAAAACAUUUUUACUUUUCCAAAGACACCCUAAUAGACAUAUUCCUAAUAAUAAUAUCCUUGGCAUACUUCUUUGAUUAGAAAAGUAAUAACACCUUAUAAUUGUUCAUGCUAGUCAAAAUAUUUAAUGUUCCAAAGAGGGUUGGAUUAAUAUUGGAUAAAUUGGAAUUGACAACCAAUCAUUGGGCAAUUUAUGAUUUAAUUAGACUAUUGUACUUAAUUGUAUUAGAGGCUCAUAUAUUCUGUUGCUUUUUGUAUUUUGUUGGGAAAUAAAAUAAAAACCUCUCAUGGAUAAUUAAUGAGAAUCUCGAAAAUGCAGAUCUUGUAACUAGUUAUAUUUCAUCAUUUUACUGGAGUGUUAUUACUAUGACAACAAUAGGCUAUGGUGAUUUUGCUCCAACGAAUUUGAAUGAGAGAGUCCUAGUAAUCUUUGUAGCAAUCACAUCAUGUUGUACUUUUGGGUUCUUUGUAUCAUCCGUUGGAUAAAUCAUAAAUUCUAUAUAGAAAAAAGAAUAGUAAAUUCGGUUGGAUUUGAAUGAUCUAAAAAAAUAUUUAAGGAUUAGAGGAUUUAAUUAGCAAUUACAAAUCAAAGUAAGAAGAUAUUUUGAGUAUUUAUGGAAAGAUUGCAUGGGUUAAGAUUAAAUUGACAUGGUAAAAUUACAAUAAUAGUUGCCAAGUAAUUUAUUUAAUGAAAUGCUUUUAGAUUUGAAUAUGAAAAGCAUAUCAAAGAUUCCAUUUUUUCAUGAAAACUUUAGUGCUGAUUUUCUUUAAUCAUUAGCUGGAGAUUUUGAAGAAGAGCGUUUAACGCCUUGGUAAAGUAUCUUUACAAAAGGUGAGUAAAGUCAAUAUUUAUAUAUUUUAUGCGAAGGAGAAGUUGAAUAUUAUGUUUAAUUGCCCGAAGGAUCAUCAAAUUCAAUUUCUAUAUAGAAAAUUGAUGGUCAAGAUGAAAUUUUUGGAUAAUAGGACUUCUUGCUAGAUUAACAUCACUCAAUAAAUUGUAGAACCACUAAAGUGACUAGAAUUUUAAAGAUCAGUCGAGAGAAUUUUCAAUAGAUAGCCAAAAAAUACGGAUAUGAAAAAUAUUGUUAAUUGAAGGAUUUGGUUAAAUUUUCUGGCAGAUUUGAUGAAUUCCACAUCUAAUGCAUUGGAUGUAGUAAAUCAACACAUCUUUUAUAUAAUUGUCCUAUGCUUAGCGGUUUUCCAAGCAGGACGAAAACAUUGAUUAAACAUAAAAAAAGGUUUUGUUAAGAAAGAAGACUAAUAUAAAGGAAUAAUAGUUUUAAGCGUAUAUCAACAUUAAGUUUCGAGAGUAAAAUUGCUGAUAGCGUAUUAUACUAUCUUUUAAGAGACCCUAAAAUGUACGAACAGUUAAGUACUUAAAUUAAUAGAACAACUCCUGUAAAUUAAAAUGGGGUUCGACCGAAAUCUAAAAAGAAAUUAUCAAUUCAACCAAAAAGAGGAGUGCCUAUAUUCUUAAGUUAAGAAUUUUCUAGAUCACUUGAGGCAAAUUAUGAUAGAAGUUUAGGUAUCUAAUUUAGUAGAGAAUAAUAAAGUCAGUUUAAAAGAAUUACUAAUUUUGAUUAAGAGUUAACCAAAGAAGAUAGCUUCAAGAUAUCUAAAGGAUUAAAUAAAUAAUUUAUUACUAAGAGUACUUAAAGUAUGACUAGGUUAAAAAGUUAAGAUGCAAUUGAGGAGAAUGAGUAAGAAACGGAAACUCUUGAGAUUAAUCCUAUAUGGAUUGAGCAAUAAAAUUAAAAUGAAAAUAUGGGAAGAUACAAGGACAUUUUUGAAGGUUUCGAUUUAUAGAGAGAUUAUGAUUAAUAUAUGCCGCACAUGAAUUUUAGGGAAAUACAAAAUCAUUUUCAAAGGAAUAAUAAUUAGGAUAGUUUUCACGAUUUCAUAGAUGCCAAUAUAUUCAGAAGAAAAUGGAAAAAAUCAAAAAUUGUUAUUGUCUUAGAAUCUUGA